GUGGACCUUGAGGGAGAGCAAAAGAGCGAUAAAAAAAAGAAGUGUGAGGUCAUGUAGCUACUUAAAUCCAGAUGCUUUCACUGAUGAGCAGAUCCAAGAGUUUUACGAAGCCUUCUGUGUUCUGUCUCAUCGACAAACACUCCGAUGUCUGUUUGAUUUUGUUUUCUUUUAUCUCAUUCCAUACACAGUUUCUACAUCAUAAUUGAUCAUAGACGAUGAUGAUGGAUUAGUUGAUUUAUGUAUGUUGGGUUCAUCACUAAAGAAAAGAUAACAAAAGUGAUGAAAUCGAUGGGAAAGAAUCCAAAGGCGAAACAACUUCAAGAGAUGAUGAGCGAUGUCGAUAUCUUUGGCGACGAUGGUAUCAUCACUUUUGAUGAUUUCUUGUAUAUAAUGGUUCAAAACACUUCUCAGGAAUCGGCAUCGGGUGAGUUGCUAGAAGUAUUCAGAGUGUUCGACAGAGACGGAGACAGUCUGAUAUAUGCACUUGAGUUGGGAGAAGGUAUGAAGGACAUGGGGAUGAAGAUAACGGCGGAAGAGGCAGAGCGUAUGGUGCGAGAAGCUGAUCUCGACGGUGAUGGUUUUCUCUCUUUCAUGAGUUUUCCAAAAUGAUGAUUGCUGCCUCUUAUUAGCAUUUUAUAGCUAUGAUAUAAGGGUUUGCACUUAUAUAACUUCUCAAUGUGUAAAAAAUUGAUUGAUUGGUAGUGGCCGUAGGUGCUGUCCACAGCCCUA